AUUUACCAAUUAUUCAUCCAAAUAAAUAAUUGCCUCGUUUUGGUUGCGCGAGUGUCACACACGAAGAAGAUGACGAUGAGGGGCGUCAAUAUCCUACGAACCACACCUCUUUCUUCUUUCAAUUUCAACACUAAACCCAUUUCCUCAAAUCACCUCACUUUUCUCUUCAACCCCCAAUUCACCAUUUCCAUUCGUCAUACCAAGCGCGGUUUCUGCAGUACAAGAAUUGUGGCCAUGGCUUCACCUGGUUCAGCCCAAAAAUCGGAUGAAGAAUGGCGCGCCGUUCUCUCCCCUGAACAGUUUCGGAUUCUCAGGCAAAAGGGAACUGAGUACCCUGGAACAGGAGAAUAUGACAAGUUAUUUCAGGAGGGAGUCUACAGUUGUGCAGGUUGUGGGACUCCACUUUACAAGUCUACAACAAAAUUCAAUUCCGGUUGUGGUUGGCCAGCCUUUUUUGAGGGUCUUCCUGGAGCCAUAAACCGCCAUCCGGACCCCGAUGGAAGGAGGAUUGAAAUAACAUGUGCUGCUUGUGGAGGACAUCUCGGUCAUGUAUUUAAAGGUGAAGGAUUUCCAACACCCACUGACGAAAGGCAUUGUGUCAAUAGCAUUUCACUGAAAUUUAAACCAGCCGAUUCUUAGUUUCUUACAAUGAAUUCGCUGUGUGGGUGAGAUGCUCAAGAUCCAUAAAGGACUCUAUACAGUACUGAAAUUGUGACUGAGGCUUAUAGACUGAGGGAUACCUAAAUUAUGUAAAAUAAAGGAUGUUAACCAGCUGUUCAUUAUCUUCCUCCUCUCUUAUAUGGUUUGCACUUUAGUAUGUUCACAAGUGCUUGUAUUGUUUCCUGAGUCUGUGUUUUGGUAUGAAAGUAUUUUGAUGCUAUAAGAAUUUAAUUAUGUUUGAACCU